AUGGAUAUACAGAACACAUUCAAUAUGCAGUUUAGGACUACUUCCUCAGUUUGGUCCCAACAUUGUGGUUUAGUGUGCCUAACUCCUAUGAUUUCUAUUGUCAACCCUUUAACCUCUGUCUGUGGCCGAUGUAUAUCUGCUACAGUUGAGCAUGCCAACAAUAAUUUUUCCCCUUUUCAGAUCUGUGUGGUAUAUGCCCCAGCUACAGUUGGACAGCGGUAUAAAUUCCUAUCUGCCCUGCUUGCUAACUCUUUAUUAUUGCCCACUCAUCCUUCACGCUUCAUCCUGCUGGGAGAUUUUAAUCACUCCUAUCACACUCGUUCACCUCGGCCCCGACUUGCACCUCAUACGUGGCUCCAAUUCCUCUCUGACCACCUCUUUGACUGUGUCACUAUGCCUGAUUCUACCCCUAUGCCUACCUUCCAUCGCGGCACAACGUCCUCCACCUUGGACUAUAUAUUCUCCUCUUCCGAUAUGUUUUCCCACCGCAUUUCGUCUUCCGUGGAUUAUAUUCAUCCGCAAUGGUCAGACCAUUUCCUACUUUCCGCAUCUUUUCUCUUUGAUUCAGGCACUGUCUUGGGGAAAGGCCUAUGGCGUGCCAACCCACGUCUGUCCUACAACCAGCAUUUCUGCCUCCAGCUUGACUCUCACAUUCAUUCCCUCGUCCACUCUCUACCAACAUCUCUAUCUGUUCAAGAACAGUGGGAUAGUCUCAAAACCGAUGUCAUCCAUUUUAUCCGCUCUUAUUGCCGUCGCCUUCGCCGCAACCUCACUACGAUAGAAGCCCAUUCGAUUGCCCAACGCGAUGCCUUUUGUUCCUCAUUGUUAACAACCAUACAAUCUUCCUGCGCCAUACACCUCACUCGAUCCUUAUCGAUCCGGGGGCGUGCCACCGUUCUCAAUACUCUCAUUCUCUCCCGUCUCUGGCAUGUCCUACGCGUGAUCUCUGUUCCUGUGUCGUUUCUCGAUAAAGUGAAGUCAGUCAUGGGUCAGUUCUUGCAGCACCGAAUGUUUCCUCCCAUUAAGCUGUCCACUCUUUGUCUCCCUCUUCGUUCUGGCGGCCUUGGAGUAUUAGAUCCUUCUAUACAACAAGGUGCUCUUCAGCUGCGCUGGCUCCCGCACGACUUCUCCUCCCUUGCCCCCAACAUUGCUACGUGUUUAGCACUUCCCCUCCGCUCAGUAUGCCUACCAGCCACAAGCACUACCUCCUUCCCUCCCUCCUGGCAACACCUCCGCGUUGAAGAUGCCUUUCUUGUUGACCCUUCUUUCGACGUUCUCUGCCGUCGAGCGCCGGCUGAUUUCCCACGCAACCCGCUCAUAUUGCGCAAGUUUUUCAAGAGAGUUGACUCUCGCGACAUCUUGCUACAACCUUUCCUUGUUCGCGCUUUCCUCCCUUCUCAUAUCCUUCAGCUCAAUUACCCUUCCAUUCCUUCCCGUUCAGGUUCAUCAAUCAAUGCUAGCCCUUUUGUUUGCGGCCUUUUACCUGGAAUACCGUGGUCCAAGCUGAAACCUCGUAUGUAUCGUUCUCUUUGUUCCUCUUCUGUUUCUCCUCCCCUGUCGUCUACACUGUCCAGCUCACAAUGGCGAAUCUUUUGGAACCUUCCUAUACACCACCAUGUCCGCAACAUCUGGUACCGAGGUCUGCACCACAAAUUGUCAUCCCGCUCCCUGUUGCAUCGCAUACUUCCUGGCCCCUUCCCCACCGACUCUUGCCCCAUUUGUGAAGCCUCUACAGACACACUCGACCAUUUCCUCUUCUCCUGCCCCCUCAAAAUUGACGUUUGGUCUACAUUCUGGCAAGAUGUCUUUGGAUCUAAUCCUACUCUUCCUAUACUCCAUGAUGCAUUUUACAACCUGUCUUUCCCCUAUACCCGCCCCUCUGAUAUUCACGCCGCCUCUCUCUUUAGCUGUGCCCUUCUGGCGAUCUGGCGACAUCAUUGGUCCACGGUGUUCGACAAUACACCUUUUGUAUCUUCCACCGUCCUAUCUACCGCUUCCCGCUUGGUUGCCAUAUUUAAGGCUGAAAAAUCUCUUGAUGACCUUGCCUGUUCUCUUGCUACUUAGCUCUACCUUUAGUUUUCCUUCUUACAUAUACACCUCAAAAAAAAAAGCAAAAACCCAAAAACAAAUUUUGUGACGUGCGUCCUUUUUUUUUAGCUAGUGAUCCUCACAAUAAAAACCUGAGCUCUAAUUGCUCCCUACAAAAAAAAAAA